AUGAAGGGAAACAAAAUAAGAAAGUUCAUGGAACAUCAGUUUCCGAAUUGGGAAUUUCACACUAGUUCAGUUAUUGAAGGCCGACUGUUGAUAGUUUGGAGAAAGAUAUUUGUUAAAGUCAAGAUUAUAGAGGAAUCUAAUCAAUUUGAUCAUUGUUUGGUGAAGAUGGCUGGUGUGCAGCAAGAUUUUGUUGUCACUUUUGUUUAUGGUUUUAAUUCGAUUGAAGGUAGGAGAGAUCUCUGGGAAGGGUUGCAAAGGCUUGCUCUUAUGGACAAAGCUUGGUUAGUUUUAGGGGACUUUAAUGCCCAUUUUUCAGGUAAAGACAGAUCAGGUGGUAAGCCUAUUUCAAAUUUAGAAUUGGUUGACUCCAUUCGGUGGCUUGCGGGUGCUCAUGUUGAGCCUCUAAAAAGUUCCACUGCAGUUUUUAGAUGGGAAACCAUUUCAGACCAUUGUUCCUGUCUAGUUAGCACUCGGCCUUUAGAGAAGUUGGGGUUAAAGCUUUUUCGGUUCUAUAACUAUUGGACAGAGCACCAUGAUUUUCGAGAACUGGUUUUAUAUAGCUGGAGGUCACCGCUUAGAGCCACAGGUAUCAAAGCAAUAUUUCUUAAGCUGCUGAGACUUAAACACCGUUUGAAAAAUUUUAACAGGGAAAAAAUUGGUGAUCUAAAGUUAAACUAUUAUAAGGCUAAAGAGAACUACCAAGAAGCUCAAUUGCAAGCUCAAGCCUACCCUUAUGUAUUUAGAUAUAAGGAAGAUGAGAGGAUAGCUGCUGAAGCAUUCUCGGUUCAGGAAAGGCUGUAUCAUAGCUUUUUAAUCCAGAGGAGCAAGAUAACUUGGCUGAGACAGGGAGAUAUGAAUACUUCAUUCUUUCAUGCUUUUUUAAAGAAGCGUAAAGCUAAAAAUGGUAUUGUCUCUUUCAUCACGGAAGAAGGAAAAUUAGUUGAUAAUUUCUCUGAACAAUUGCAGCUUCUUAAACCUUUUUCAAAGAAGGAGAUUCGGGAUUCAUUUUUUGUCAUUCCUAUUACCAAAUCUCCAGGACCUGAUGGAUUUGGUUCAGGCUUUUUCAAAGCUAUUUGGCAUGAUAUAGGGGAUGAGGUCUGUGCUGCAAUAACUCAAUGUUUUGAAACAGUUUAUUUCCCAUCUGAGCUUCAUGAAACAACCUUGUCUCUAAUUCCUAAGGUAGCUAACCCCUCCCGGGCUGUUGACUAUAGACCCAUAGCCUGCUGCUCUACAUUGUACAAGUGCAUGGCUAAAUUGAUUUGUAAGAGACUGGCCUUAGUUCUCCCUGAUCUUAUAAAGCCAAAUCAGGGAGCUUUUGUUAAAGGUCGCUCUAUAGCCCAUAAUAUAAUGAUUUUUCAAGAUCUCAUCAAAAACUAUGGGAGGGUUUUUACUUCAUCAAUAUGCACUAUCAAGAUUGAUCUAAGUAAGGCCUAUGACACAGUAGACUGA